AUGACAGGGUGCCGAAAGCGUCGCUCUCGUCGGAUGAUGACAGGGGUGCCGAAGGCAUCUCUUUUGUCAAAUGAUGACAGGGUGCCGAAGGCAUCGCGCUCGUCUAAUGAUGACAGGGUGCCGAAGACAUCUCUCUUGUUAAAUGAUAACAGGGUGCCGAAGGCAUCGCUUUUUUCAAAUGAUGACAAGGUGCCGAAGGCAUCUCUCUUGUCAAAUGAUGACAUGGUGCCGAAGGCAUCGCUGUCGUCUAAUGAUGACAGGGUGCCGAAGGUAUCUCUCUUGUCAAAUGAUGACAGGGUGCUGAAGGCAUCGCUUUUGUCAAAUAAUGACAGGGUGCCAAAGGCAUCUCUCUUGUCAAAUGAUGACGGGGUGCCGAAGGCUUCGCUCUCGUCUAAUGAUGACAGGGUGCCGAAGGCAUCUCUCUUGUCAAAUGAUGACAAGGUGUCGAAGGCAUUGCUUUUGUCAAAUAAUGGCAGGGUGCCGAAGGCAUCUCUCUUGUCAAAUGAUAACGGGGUGCCGAAGGCAUCGCUCUCGUCUAAUGAUGACGGGGUGCCGAAGGCAUCGCUCUCAUCGAAUCAUGAAACUUGUUGA